AUGUUAUUUUUCCUCUACCGGUAUGUCUGUCUCUUAAGCUCUCUUUCCUCCUUAAUUUGCUCCACAAAAUUUUGAACUUCAUCCUAUGAUUAUUGGUUUUCGUAGUUGAACAGAAGGGGACGUGGUGCGGGUGCUGUCCGCAAACUUGCUAACCAAUCCCAACAAAGGUGCUUAAGAACUACCUGCUAACUUCCACAUACGUGAUGUAUUACGUCUGGAAUUUCAAUUGACGCCCUUUCUUGAAAUAAAUUCCAUUUAAAGGGCAAGAUGUGAGAUCUCACAUGUACAAUUUUUAACGGGAAAUAGCACUAGUACCACGACUCGAGUCACAUUUGUCGAACUAUCACCAACUUUCUAAGCCACUACAAGCUGCGACUAUGAGUACUCCUAUAAGUACUUUUUUGAAAACUUCAGGUCAACACAGAGGUGGCCAGGAAAUAGUUGCUUGACCGCCAUCUCUUGCAUAGAGCUGACAAGCACUAGUGCUGAAGGGCCCUUGAGUGCCUGUGAUUCUCAAGCCAUGAUUUUCAUUGUUCAUAUUAUGGGCGCCAACAAAACCACUAUUGCGAAUGUUACGUCUUGACCCGUAAAGGGAUUCGCCGUUAAGUGUCCCCAACUACAGGUGUAAUCACUCAUUGUGAAAUAGUGCAAUUAUUGCUGGUUAUAAUAAUCAGCAAAAUCGAUAUGACCGCUUCCUCUGUACUCGUAAAUGAGGGUGUCUACCACUACCGCUGCGUAAGAUAUGCCUAAAUAUGUCUGAACUCCCCACACUCCCUAUAUAUGGGUCGCGCACACCAGCGGUCGUGUUAGACGCACCCACCCGCGUAAAGGACCCACCCAUUGGAGGCUGAAAGUUGAGUGGCCGAUAGACCCAUCACCGUCCGAGGGUAAAAGCUAGAUGGACAAUUAUCCCAAAUUCUUUCAGGGUAGCUGGAUGUUAGUGUGAUGACGUUCGUCUCUUCGCCAGCAUAAAUCAUCAUGAAGUUAGAUCACUGGGUUAUAAUAGCCCUGGCAGUCAAACAGCCCACAGAAACGAAAAUAAGCACCGUUUUGCUUUCUCGGAUUGUACUUCACGCGAUCGGGCGGACGGGGCGUCCGUCUGACUCUCUUUGGCAUCGUGCACCUCUCCACCACAAUUGCCGCUGCGCAAAAUAUCCUUAUGCCUACUUUCGCCUCAAGAGUUUUCAGUCCAUAAUAUGGAGGCUUGUCUUCUUCAUGCUCACACAACUUCGGAUUACUUUUAGUACCGAAAACACUUUAUCUAUUGCCUGAUUAGGCUGCGCUGGAGGGCUUCUAUUGCUGGGACCUAGAGACUCAGACACGUUGAGCGGAUGACUACUGUCAGCCAUCGAGAGCACUAAUCACGCCUAUCAUGCAUGGUUGCAGACCCACUGUCCGCGUUAGGAUUUCAGGUAAACAUCCAUAAAGGUGCCGAGUACUAGCGUUUCUCCUGUUGUGGACCUGGCCAGAACAUUGACUAAUUUAAUCAUACCUGGGAGUUUUCGUCCGACCGACUGUAUUUGAAGGCGAACUUUCGUGUUGCGAUGAACCUACGGGGGAAAGCGGCCGAAGCAGUCAUGGUAAAUGCUGUCAAAAGCACAAAACUUACAAUUUGGGCACGCAAGCGCGUGCAUAUAGAGUUCCUUACAUGUUAGACUUGUACUAUCUACGUCCUCCAUCCAUGGCUAGACCCUCGGCAGUUGCUGUUCAUUUAGCGUCUCCACCCUCGAAUACUGGCGCGGAGGUUGCGAAAACUCGUUAGGAGAAUACUUUAAAAAGUGCCCGUGGAGGCGUCAAUUGUACCGAUGACUCCAAAUUGAGUGGGUGUACUUUGUUAGUGAUUGCACGUUUUGGCCACAGAAAGUUCACAUGUGCUGAUAAGCAGGACGACAUUCCUCUAGGAAACAUCACAUUUUUCAGUUGUGCAUCUGAAAUUUUUGCUCAUUUAAAUGCAUGAACACUUUUCGGCACAUCGAACCCUUUCCUAUUUCGUCUUGGCAGGCACUUGCAGGAUUUUUCUGCCUGGGUUUAGUCUCGUCCUUGGAAAAGAAGUGUACCAAUAAUAAUCCUGGUUCUAAAGCCAUUUUCAGUAGCGUGAGACGUUUGAAUCAAUAUGGUUGCAAUAGUUGGUACCUUCAAUUUAUUUUGUCUAGUGUGAAGAUGCCACCCUUCUACAUGCUGAUUGAGUUCUGUGCGAUAUGUAGUCUUAAGGCCUGUAUUAGGAGGAAUUUAUUUACAAGCAUGCACAUUUGACCCUAGACCGCCAUUGUCGAGUCUAGAAGAACAGGUUGGCUCGCAUAAGUUUUCGAUAAAAGGAGAAUUUGAAAGUAGAGGCAGAUAUCGUUGUGGUAGGUUAAUUACAAAUCUGCUGUCUUAAAAAACCUGCACAUCCCCUUUUCAAAAGCCUGUAAAUCCGGCUCAGUAGUAACACUAUCAGCCCCCUUCUUGGAACACUGCCUAACUUAUCAUGCGGUCAUGGCCUGCGAUGAAUCAAAUACUAUCAUCUGUUUCUAUCAUCCCUGCGGUUUGCCUGAACUUCUCAGUUUCCGCCCGGCCUCACAAAAUCACGUAGGCAGCUAACAGAUCGGUAUGACGGUCUACCAGACACUAAUUUGACAUACAUGCCUUCAACAGUUAUACUACCGAUUGCCCACUACCUAGGCUAUGUGUGGACAACAUCGGCUGCUACCUGAAGUUUCAGUUCUAGCCGCUGUGCUGUCAGCUGUUACUGGAUCAUCCUCGGUUAGAUGAAGACAGACUUGUCUAGUUCAGUUGCAUCUUCCAUAAGCGAAUUGUAGCCGGUAGAUAACAGACAACUUCUCAUCUACCCAUGAGUGGCGUGUUUUGACUCGUAAUCUGUCGGAAAAGUGUGUUUCUCACCCCGAUUGACGUGAAAUUCUGGCACAUCCCCGGCAUUCCUCUCAUGUGCCGGACGCCGUGACCCUAUUUUCACCAGGUCAUCCGUUGCCUACCAGUAAUACAGCUAUGGUGGAUGGAACUACGAGGCAACCAGUCGCCGAAUAUAGAUAAGGAUUCAAUGGCAUCAACUAGUGGGCCUGAGCUCGGACCGAAGUCGCAGGCGGCAUCCCAGGCUACCCAAAAUGACCAGUUCAGUUUCGGCGCGGUUGAGGUCGUGAGCCGAGGUUACGAUUCCAUACUUGUCAUCUGAUAAUUAUCCGCUCCUUUCGCACUGCUCUGAAAUGACUGGCGACCGACCAUAUAAGAGAAGUGACCAUUUCCAGCCAGAGGCUUAAUAAUGCGAGCGUUAUCAAUGCCUAGUGAUGAGUAGUUAGAAUUGAUCGCUGAAGACUGGGACAUGCAAUAUGCAUAUCUAGGUAGGCACUGCUUAUUCUCAUGUCAAACUCCCUGGACGUUAAAUCUUAAUUACCAUCAGAAUUACCUCUGAACCACUCCAAAAAAUUGUUCCAUAAUGUUGAAUAACCUGUUCCUUAGAAGUCUUCAAGACUAAACCGCUACGGUCCGAGUAUUUUGUAUUAAAGGAUGUUGAAAUGUUUGCAGUCAUCUCCGGUCCCUUCCCAUCGAAGGUCCAGAUUUUUCCCACUUGUAUCAGACCAUUCAGGUUUAUACAUGAUUUUCCCUAACAAAGGAUUGUUUGAUUUUAAAUUUCCUCUUUUCUGUAUGGCAUGUUAGAUGACCAUAUAUUCACGUGUUCUAGCUCAAUCGCACUUCAAGACUUGUCUGUAGUCUCCCCUUGGUUGACGCGCAGAAAAUUUUGCCAAAUGAAUCUGGAAGAUGAAGAAUUCCUGCCUGAGGUAAAUAAAAAUACAAUAAAUAUCUUUAGUCACACCCCCUUAACGCGUAUCUAAAGUCCAUCGACAUGGGCGAGGAUAUAGAGCAAACAUCGUUCCAGCCACAGGCCUUCGACACUUCCCAAGGUCCAAUUUUGCCGUCACUGCCUCGGCGACUGGACCUUUUGGAAUAUUUUCGCACUCAGGUUUGUCCGAAUCAGUAGAAAUAUUAUUCAGUUAAGGUCAGAACAAUGAAAGCCGCAAUGAUCAAAAGGAUAAUAACGUCUGA